CGAGCCCUAACACCUGUUUCUCUCUCUCUCUCAUCGAACUUGGAUUAUCAGCGAGGAGCAGCCAUGGUUUGGUUUCAAUGCGAGGAUUGUGGUGAUAAUCUCAAGAAACCAAAGCUUGCUAAUCACUUUAGAGUUUGCUCUGCUAACAAGCUGUCAUGCAUCGAUUGCGGGCAGAUGUUUGGGCAACAGAGUGUUCAAGGACACACACAAUGCAUCACGGAAACGGAAAAGUAUGGUCCAAAAGGCCAAGCUAAACCUUCUACACCUGGAAAACCUAACAGUUCCUCAAAGCCGAAACCAGAGGUUGACAUAAAUGUUGGAUUAUCAGAACGUCCUCCAUGGUUCUGCAGUCUCUGUAAUACCAGUGCUACUAGUAAGCAAACCCUGCUUCUCCAUGCCGAUGGGAAGAAACACAGAGCAAAAGCACGAGCAUUCCAUGCUUCGCAGCAACCACCCAAGGUGUCAGAGGAACCGACACCUAAUACCGAAGGUAAAUCUGAAAACAUACAAAAGAAUGAUUCAGAGGAUGUUAAGGAAACACUUACAUCUGAAAACAAGAAGAGAAAGCUUGAAUCAUCUGAAAACAAUGGUGCUAGCCAUACUCCUGGAGGCAAUGCGGCCGGUGAAUUGGGCAACGGGGAAGUGAUUCAGGAUGCAAAUACUGAAUCAGAGAAACCCAAGAAAGCCAAACGGAAAGAAGAAGACGGCCAGAAGAGAAUAAAAUGGAAGAAGAUAAUAACCGCAGUCUUGAAUUCGAAUCCCGAUGGCAUUCUGAAGAUGAGAAAACUACGGGCUCAAGUUCUGAAGACUCUUACAGAAUCUGGCUCAAAAAUAGACGAGAACCAACUUGUUGAUACACUCGAGCAUAAGAUUAAUUCGAGCUCCAAGUUUACUGUUAAUGGAAAAUAUGUACAAUUGGUUUCUAAAAGUUGAAGCCUGAGGUUUUAUGCAAAAUCCCUCAAGAACUGCAUAUUGUGGAAGGUGAGCAUCCAUGCCUCAUUGGGUAAUUGGAGUCUUUUGAUUUGUGAUGAACUUUUGUAGAUGAAAAUUUUGUUAAAGAUACCCUCAUUUAUGAACACAAGAAUGAAAAGAGAGUAGCCCCUUUUCGGUUUUUCGUUUAUGUUCUUUCUUUACUAAGGGGCCGUUUACCUAAAUGCUUACCAGGUUAGCGCUUACCGUAAGGAGUCAACACUAUAAUUUAUAUUACCGGGUAAGAUUGUAGUACAUCAAAAUGGUAUCGUAUGCAACAAUUUAUCCAUUAAGCACUUA